AUGGCGGCGGAUGCGGCUUUUGCCGACUUUGACGUGCUCGUCUUUGACAUUGAGGGCACCAUCUGUCCCAUCUCAUUCGUUCACGAUGUGCUGUUCCCCUACGCGCUAGACGUGCUCACCACGCACCUUGACAGUCAGUGGCAGCUGCCCAGCUUUGCCCCGUAUCGUGACGCCUUCCCCGAGGAGUUCCGUGCGGAUCGCGCCGCCUUUGAAUCACAUGUGCGCGAUCUGGUUGCGCGGGAUGUCAAAGCCCCCUACUUGAAGGCGCUCCAAGGGUACCUCUGGCAGGCAGGCUACGAAUCCGGCAAACUCAAAGCCCCCAUCUUCCCCGACGUGGCACCCGUCAUCUCGGCCGCUCACGCCGGCGGCAAGAAAAUACUGAUAUACUCUUCUGGCUCCGUCGCGGCCCAGAAGCUAUUCUUUGCUCACACAACUGCCCAACCUGCCAAUCUCACGCCCAUGAUCGAUGGUUGGUUUGAUACCGUCAACGCUGGACCCAAAACGGAUCCCGCCAGCUACGCCGCCAUCCUCUCCAGCCACCCAAACGUCCCACCCGCUCGCUGGCUCUUCCUGAGCGACAAUCUCGGCGAGGUCGGCGCGGCCAUCGCCGCUGGCAUGCGGAGUCUGCCGGUCUCGCGACCUGGCAACCCGCCUUUGCCCGAGAGCAACCCCCUGUCCAUGAUUGCCAUUUCCAGCUUCGGACCUGAAGCUGCUCAUCAGGUUCGGCUGUCACUCGCCGCUCCGAACCAGCGGCCUUGA